AUGGCGCAUUCUUCCCAAGGAUCGUUGUUGCAGCCUACCAUUAUAUCAAAUACGCAAUUACAACCAAAAUCAGACAAUGACUUGGUCAAAUCCCUUUCGCAUUUGGUCGCUGGCGCUACUGGUGGUGCCAUUACUGCAGUCCUCACAUCUCCACUUGACGUUUUGAGAACCCGGUUACAGUCUGACUUUUAUCGCCCAGUAUUGUCGGGAUCCCAAGCAGCCGGUUCACAGCCACCGCAGCCGCAGAUAUUUCGGGCAUCUCGCCCCAUGUUGAGCCAUAUUCGCGAAACCUUCCAGAUACUCUUUUCGAUAUACCACAUUGAGGGGUGGCGCGGACUAUUCCGAGGGCUUGGGCCAAACCUGACCGGUGUUGUGCCAGCCAGUGCUAUAAAAUAUUACACUUACGGGAACGUCAAACGCAUAAUAGGGGAAUCGCAUAUCUUUGGGCCUAACAGUGAAAAUGCAGUGGGCUGUCAUAUAAUUUCCGCUGUUACUGCAGGAAUAACUACCGGAACCCUGACUAGCCCAAUAUGGGUGAUAAAGACCCGGCUUCAACUUGACAGAUCACAGUCAGCCAGCAAUCCCCAGGCCGCCCCAAGACGAUAUAAAAAUAGUUUCGACUGUGCAAGACAGGUCUUGCGGCAGGAAGGCCCCAGAGGGCUGUAUCGAGGCCUCUCGGCGAGUUACUUGGGAAGUUUGGAAACAACGUUUCACCUUGCACUUUAUGAACAGUUAAAGAUGCUCAUAGCGCGGAUGAAAUCUAAUCAAGAUGCGCUUACAACCGUGUCUGGUGGCCGCGUUUCUGAAAACAAAACACUUGGAGAUCGGGUUUCGGGUUUGCUGGGCAUGGGUGGCGCCGCCGCACUUUCAAAGUUCCUUUCCUCGAUUAUUGCAUAUCCGCAUGAGGUGAUCCGAACAAGAUUACGACAGGCUCCCAUGGCCAACGGGCACGUAAAAUACACAGGAGUUGUCCAGUGUUUCCGACUUCUCUGUAGAGAAGAAGGUUUCCGAGCUCUAUACGGUGGAUUGACGCCACAUCUCCUUCGAUCAAUCCCUUCAGCAGGAAUUACGCUAGGUGUAUAUGAGGCAGUUCUUGAGGGUUUCAAACUACUUUCUGAAGAGUAA